CUUUCUUGAGAGAAACCGCAUAAGGCCCACGACCACAGAGCACGGCGGCAUGGCUGCGGAGCUCACGCAGAUCGUUGUCGUGCCGUUCCCAGCGCAGGGCCAUGUCACCCCGAUGCUGCACCUGGCGCGCGCCAUCGUGGACCGCGGGCACGGCAGCAUCUCGGCUACCGUCGCCGUGCCCGACUUCAUCCACCGCCGCAUGGGCCAGUACUCCGCCGCCGGGGUGGCCCUCGUGUCCAUACCCUGCGGAGUAGCGGACGAAGACGGCAGCGACGAGCCCCCCGGACCCGCUAUGUUCCUGCACGCCAUGGAGCACCGCAUGCCAGCCCAGCUGGAGGGCAUGCUGCAGUCUGCACGGCGCGGCGUAGGUGCCGGCCGCCGCGUCUCGUGCCUGGUUGUCGACCUCCUUGCGUCGUGGGCGAUACCCGUGGCCGCGCGGUUCGGCCUGCCCGUCGUCGGCUUCUGGGUCGGGAUGGUGGCCACGUACCGUACCGUGGCGGUCAUCCCGGAGCUUAUCGCCAAGGGCUUCGUCUCGGAAUCCGGUACCCUGCUGCCAGCAGACGGAACCAAGAACAUUGGAGAUCUCAACAUAUUGCCGGCGAAGUUAAAGCUGAGAUUCAAAGAUCUUCCAUGGCUCCUCGACAGCGCGCUUCCCCAGAAAUCAAGGAUCUCCUUCUGGCUCCAGGCACUGGACCGUGCGAAGAGCCUGCGCUGCAUCCUUGUCAACUCCAUCUCCAAGGAAGGCGGCGCCGGCGGCGACUCACCUGACGACCAGCAGCAGUACGACUACGAAUAUCUGCCGCAGGACCAGCAGCAAAUAAUGCUCCACGUUGGGCCCUUGCUGUUCAACGCCGACGCCUCAAAGAAGACGGCCACCAUGUGGCAGCCUGACAAAACCUGCAUGGACUGGCUAGACAAGCAGAGCCCCGGGUCGGUGAUAUACGUGUCGUUCGGGAGCUGGGCUGCGCCGAUCCAGCCUGACAGGAUAAGGGGCUUCGCGCGUGGCCUGGAGGCGUCUGGCCGGCCGUUCCUCUGGGUUCUCAAGAGCCACCCGUCGUGGCGAGCUGGCCUCCCGGACGGCUACGCAGAGAAGGUUUCCGGCCGCGGCAAGAUCGUCUCGUGGGCGCCGCAGGAGGACGUUCUGAAACACGAGGCACUGGGCUGCUACGUCACGCACUGCGGCUGGAACUCGGUGCUGGAAGCUGUGCGGCAAGGGGUCCGCAUGAUCUGCUACCCUGUCUCCGCAGACCAUUUCGUCAACUGCGCCUACGUUGUUAACGUGUGGAAGGUCGGGGUGGAGCUGGCCACCAGUGGACAGGGUGAUGUGAAAGACUGCAUCGAGAGAGUCAUGGAAGGCGACGAUGGACGGCGUCUGCAGCGGAAGGUGAAUGCGUUGCGAGAAACAGUCACGGCGGGUGAGGCAAUGCGUGCUGCCAAGAGGAACCUCACCUUAUUCAUGGACAGAAUCAAUGGCAGUUAGCGCCAGAUAAAGGCAUAAGAAAAUAGGAUAAUAUAUAAGUAACUCGAUCUGCCAAAAUGGUUAUGAUGGCCCCCCAUCCUUAUAUUACAAUACCCUUUUCUUCGAGAUUCAGUUUUAGUUUCAAGUUGAUAGUAAUGACUCUGUUUUGCUUCCGAUGUACUAGUUCAUUUGUGUCCCC